AUGUUCGACAUCUUUGCCAAGUUCCUUUCCUCGAUCGCGUCCUUUCUCUUCCCGCUGUUUGCCAGCUACAAAGCCCUCAAAACCUCCGACCCAGCCCAGCUGACGCCAUGGCUAAUGUACUGGGUCGUUCUCGCCUGUGGGCUCCUCGUUGAAUCGUGGAUUGACUGGUUCCUGGUCUGGAUCCCCUUCUACGCCUACAUCCGCCUCCUCUUCCUCCUCUACCUCGUCCUCCCCCAAACCCAAGGCGCCCGCUUCAUCUACGAAGAAUACAUCCACCCGCGCCUCGAAGAAAACGAAACAGCCAUCGAAGAAUUCAUCGCCUCGGCCCACGAGCGCAUGCGCAGCACGGGCAUCGCCUAUCUCAACCGCGCCAUCGAGCUGCUCAAGACCAACAUCCUGGGCAUGGCGCCCUCCCCGCCUACCGCGGCGGCGGCCGCGCCCCCGCAGCCCCAAACCGCCCAGUCCUACACCCAAUCCCUCCUCGCCCGCUUCACCACCCCCUCCCCGCGCUGGAACACCACCCCCGCGCCCACCGCACCGCCUACAUCCGGCAGCGGCGCCAGCCUCGCAACCGACUUAUUCGCCCUCCUCAGCUCGGUCACCGCCGCGGCCACCACCCCCACCCCCACCCCCUCUUCUAACACACGCGGUUCCGGUUCCCCCCCCGGAACAAGCAGCGGCAGCGGCAGCAUCAUCCCCGACUCCAUCCGCGCGGCCGGCGCCGCUGCGCGCGUAUCCUUUGUACGGGCGCAGCGCGAGCGGUUGCGGUUUGUGCUGUCGGCGCUGGACCGCGAGGAGGAGGACGCUGCUGCUGCGGAGGCGGCCGGCGCUGCUACUUCUACUACCUCAAGGGGGGGUGGUGACGGCGGGGUUUGGGAUAAGCGGGAGUCGGUGAGUGAGCAGAGCGUGGGGAGCGGGCUGAGUAAGAGUCGGUCGGAGGGGGAUUUUGAGAAGUUGGAUGCGCCGAGUGGGGGGGAGGAGGAGGAGGGUGCUGGUGGGGUGAGGAGGAGGGGGGGUGUGGAGGCUGGGAAGAGUGCGGGGUGGAUGCCGUGGGGUUGGGGGGCUGGCGGUGGUGGUGGUGCUGGGGAGGGUGGGCGGAGCUCGGGGAUGGAGAAGUAG